AUGCCUACGCCUCGCUCGCGGACGCGCUCCAGGAGGACCUCCGACUGUUCGCUGCUGUCUGAGAUCCAGCAGCUCGCCAUCUUCCCCUUGGCUGGGACGGAGGUGGACUUCGUCACGCUGACCCACCUUCAUGCAGCGCCCUGCGAAGGCAUCCCCCUGGAGUGGCAGGUCCCGCUGGUGCACGUCCUCAACCCAGCGGUGCGCCUCUCGGAGGGCGCGUCGAGGCUGCUGCACAUGCUGGGGGUGCAGCCUGCCCAGGAGAGCGCGCUCGAGGUGCUGGCAGUCCAGAGGCUGCUGUCCGUCGAAGCGGGCCACGGGGAGCCGGACGCAGGAGACUGGGCGGCGCUGUCGGUGCUUCGGAGGUGCUUCGUCGCGGGCCGCGAGCCGGGCGCGCCCUGGGGCGAGCUGCGCGACGCGCUGCUGCUCCCCGCGGCCUCGGGCGGCUGGCUGCCCGCGGAGCGGCUGAGGCCCUGGUCGUUCCUGGGCGUGGCCCCGCAGCUGCCGCAGGGGGUCAUCGGCCACGUGCGCGCCUUCGCCGGCCUCGAGAGGGCGCUGGUGCGGGCGCUCCCCGGGGCGGCACUGGAGAGGAAGUGCGUCAAGAGGCCGCCGCCUUCGCUAGAAUCGGGCGGGUUCGGCGUGGUGUCCUGCGCGCGGCAGGACUGGAACCUGGGCUGGGAGGUCUUCCUGUGUGGCGUCGGCUGCGCGCCGCUGGACCCAGCGGAGCGGUUCGCCGAGGAGGCCGUGGAGGUCACCCUGGAGCUCGGGGGCUUACUCUCCUCGGGUGAAUACUGGGCCAACGCCGUGGCGUCGCCCAGGGUGCUCGGGUAUCUGGAGGAGCUGCUCGGCCCCGGGGCUCCCCAGCUCCGCAGAGCCUGGGCGAGGCAGCUUCCGGUGGUGCGCAGCAGGCACCCGCCGCAGAUGCCAGGCAGGCAGCGGCUGCUGGCCCUGCAAGACAUCUUCGCUCGAGAGCCCUUCCACGAGAUCGCCGGGGACCUUCUCGAGUACGUCGGCGCGCCCGCCGACCCGAGGGUGCUUCGCCUGCUCGAGGGCCUGGGCGUGUCCACGGAGGUCAACAGGGAGUCGCUCCUCAAGUGCCUCCGGCAGCUGAAGCGCAUCUCGGCGCAGGACAUCAGCGUGUUCGCAGACGUCUACCGUAAGCUCGGGGACAUUGGGCUGCAGAGCCUGGGAGAGGAGGAGCUUGUAUUCGUGCCUGGGCGGGGCUGCUUGCACGCGGAGGACUGCACGUGGCUACCGUUUCGCGUCCCCCUUCUGCAGCGCUGCUGCCGCGCCGAAGCGCUCUCCGACCUCUACGGCCGCUUCGGAGCAGGGGCCGCCGAUGCCCUGCAGCGCUGGGUGAGGGAGCGACCGGACAGCAGCGCCGUAGAGCUCUGCGACGCGCUGCAUCAAGCGGUACGCUGUGCCAACCCUGGCCAGGAGUGCCCCAAUCCCAGGCCAGUGCAGGAGUCCGAGGCCCUGGAGCAGCUCUUCGACGCCUCGGUUGCCGUCGUGCGGGCUCUCGCGGUGCUGUGCUGCGACGAGGGCUCAGGCGAGGCCAGGCGGCACGCCACGGUGGCCUUCGAGUGGUUCACGGCGAGUCGGCUGAUCGUGCUGCCGAACCCCCCUGGGGGCUGUCGCGUACUGCACGUCGGAGAGGCCUUCUGGUCCGUCCACCCCUCCCUGCAGCGGCAAGCCUUUGCAGAGCUGGCGCUGGAGAAUCACUACGCGGAUCCCCUGAUGUACCGAUUCUUCGUCGACGUCCUGCGCGUUCGGCAGGAGCUCACGCUUCAGCAGUGCAUGCUGAUCACGGUCCAGGAGCAGCAGGGCAACCUCGACCGUGGCCCCGGCGAGCUUACCGAGGGCAUUGGCAGCCUUCAGGUCGACGUCGGUGAGAUGGACGGGGCGGGCAGCAGGCCUUUCGACGUCGAUGCAGCAGUGUGUCGGUCCUACCAGCGGGCGCAGUUCUGCGCCCACCAGCACGGCGACUGGCUCGACGAGGGCGAUCGCCAGCCUGCACCGCCUCAGACCCGCCAGCCUCCCCAGCCGCGGCGCUGGCACAGAGCUGCGGAGGCCCUGGGCAUACCCGUCUAUGUGGCCGACGGCCACACCCUGCCGGAGGACUUCAACCCCGGGUGGUUCGGGAUGCUCCGCGACCUCUGCCCGGCCUUCGGCCUGCGUCCCGAGCAGAUAGCCCUCGCCUAUGACGCGUCUGGCCGCUGCGUCUCCGAGGGGCAGCUGCUCCUCCUGGACUACGGUAGGGGCCGCCGGCUGGCGCAGCUGGCGCACCAGCAGGGGCGGCCCCUGCACCCCGACUCGGUGCUGUCCCUCUGGCUGUCCGAGCUCGCCCACGCGCUGGCCCACCUCGGCACAGGGCCUGCCCACGACGAGGCCUUCCUGCGGGUGCAGGCCGAGCUCCUCGCGGCCGCUGCGCCGGCCGCCCGCCAUGCUGCCCGCCACCUCUGGGAGGCCGCGGGCGUCCCGCCGGGCGCCCCGCUGGGCGGGCCUUCGGGCGGCUGCCGCGGCGGUGCCGCCUACUCGCUCGGUGCCGCGGCGGGGCCUUCGGCCAUGGACUGGCCGCCUCAGGUCGUGGCCCAGGCGGGGCCCCCACCGGGCCAGGGGCCGACGCCUCACAGCUCUGCGUCGGCGCCCUCGGGGCAGCCAGCCCAGCGGGCCGCACAGCCGCGGCCUGUCGCGGGGGCCCGCAGCGCGGCACCCGCGGCGCCCAGAGGCGGCCGUGGACGCGGACGCGGGGCCAAGGGCGGCUCCUGGUGA